GUUUCUCUCCAGAAGGUGCAGCAGUCUCGCGCUCUGUCUGCUCUCUCCCUCUCUGUCUCUCGUGCGCGCGCUGCGUUCUGUAAGCCUCAUCUCGAGCCUCCACGGAUUUAUGGGUAACAGCAGAGCGGGUUAAGCCUGCGCGGGGCGCGAGCGGAUUGUCCAGCAGCUCAGCGCUGCGCGUCCUCUAACCGGGCGCGCGCUCUGUCCGCGCGAGGCAUAUGGCCGUGCACAGGUCUCCGUCCAGCUCGGAGACAUGGAACGGAGCCCCUGAGCGCUUGCGCGUAGCCACAGCGAUGAGUGAAUCUUCAUCCAUUCACAGUGAGAAACUCCGCAGUCUGGCACGUGACAUAUCUGAAAUUGGCCAGGACUCAGCCAACAGCAGGCGAGAUGCAGGGGAUCCUGCAGAGGAAGCUGAUGAGCCAGCCCCCUGUCCCAGAGAAGGUCUGUGUUUUGCAGAUGGCCGCAGGAGGGUGGACUAUGUGCUCGUCUAUCACUGCAAAAAACGGCACUCGCAGUCCCACCACUCCAUCGUCUCCAACGGCAACCUGCCUUCGCAUAGCCCCACCCUUUCACGCAGGAGCACCCAGCCAGAGCUGGCGGAGGUGGAGCUGGAGGCAGGGCUUCCAUCAGGGCCUGGAGAAGUAGAAAAGGCCUUAAUCAGGGAGGAGUUUGAAAGAGGGCUACAGGAAGAAGGCCUGGAGAUUGAACGGGACAAAGGGAUGAAGACAGUGCGCUUCACUCGUCUGCAUGUUCCCUGGUCUGUGCUUAGCCGAGAGGCAGAGCUUUUGAAGAUCAAAGUCCCCACCAAGAGAACAUAUGAGCUGAAAGAGAAGACUGGACUAGCAGGAGCGAUCAGCUCAUUUUGGGAGAAGCUCAAUCAGCCGUUCCAACCUGGGGUCCCGGAGCUCGUGAACCCUCGCACACGUGUGCUCUCACUGCCGUUCAACAGGGAGAAGCUACACCUAUUUGAUAUCAAGUCGAAAAACACCCUGUUUGACAACGCAACACGAGGACGAAUCGUGCUCGAGAUUCUAAGGCGCACGGCCUGCACACAGACAUGUCAGACUAUGGGCAUCACGUCAUUACUAGCGAAGGGUGUCUACGACUCAGCCUUUCCCCUACAUGAUGGGGACUUUAAUAGCUCAGAUGAAAAAGAGAAUCGCAAUGACAGACAGUUGUUGCAUGAAGAAUGGGCCAAUUACGGAGUUUGCUUCAAAUAUCAACCAGCUGACCUUAUCAGGAAGUACUUUGGGGAACAGAUUGGUCUCUAUUUUACCUGGUUGGGAGUUUAUACGCAGCUGUUAAUUCCUGCCUCAGCAAUGGGAAUUGCAGUGUUCAUUUAUGGAUGGCUGACUGUAGAUACCAAUGUGCCCAGUCAGGAGAUGUGUGAUAAGCGCCUGAACUUCACCAUGUGUCCCCUGUGCGAUAGUGUGUGUGAUUACUGGCAGCUGAGCAGUAUGUGCAGUACAGCUCGUGCCAGCUAUCUGUUUGACAACCAUGCCACUGUAGCCUUUGCCAUCUUCAUGUCCCUGUGGGCUGCCGUGUUUCUGGAGCACUGGAAAAGAAGGCAGAGGUGUCUGCAGCACAGGUGGGAUCUAACAGGCAUUGAUGAGGAAGAGGAUGGAGCUGAGGAUGAGCUCCGUCCAGCAUAUGAGGAUUUUCUUCUUCAGAAACGAGAGAAGAAGAACAAAAAGACCAAAAAGAAAGAAGAGCCGGAUGGGAGGACAGAUGACAUAGGUAGAGAGAAGCUGCUGUCUGCUAAAGGAGGACAACCACCGUUUGCUUCAGAAUCUCUAACAUGGAAGGACCGGCUGCCAGGAUACUGCAUUAACGUAUCCUCCAUACUGCUUAUGGUGGGGGUGACGUUCUCAGCUGUGUUCGGUGUGAUUUUGUACCGGAUCAUCGUUUUCGCAGUGAUGUCAAUGAACCCUGACCACGAGGCCAAAGCUAAUGUGCGAGUUACUGUGACCACCACUGCUGUUAUCAUCAACCUGCUGGUGGUUCUGGUGCUGGAUGAGAUCUACGGGGCUGUGGCAGUUUGGAUCACAGAACUGGAAAUUCCAAGGACUGAAGCAGCGUUUGAGGAGCAUCUUAUCCUGAAAGCUUUUCUGCUGAAGAGCAUGAAUGCUUUUGCACCUGUCUUCUAUGUGGCCUUUUUCAAGGGCAGGUUCGCAGGUCGUCCAGGUGACUAUGUAUACGUCUUCCAAGACUUCCGUAUGGAGGAGUGUGCUCCAGCAGGCUGUCUUAUUGAAGUGUGUAUUCAGCUUGGCAUGAUCAUGCUGGGGAAGCAGCUCAUCCAGAAUAAUGUGUUUGAGAUUGCCAUUCCAAAGCUGAAGAAGAUGUAUCGAACAUAUAAGGAGGAGAAGGAAGGAGGGGAGAAGAAGAAGGACAAGGAUCCGAAUCGCCCGAGACACCGCUGGGAUCUCGACUAUGAGCUGGAGCCGUAUGAAGGCCUGAGCCCUGAGUAUAUGGAAAUGAUUAUUCAGUAUGGAUUUGUUACACUGUUCGUGGCAUCUUUCCCGCUGGCUCCUCUCUUUGCUCUACUCAAUAAUGUCAUUGAGAUUCGGCUCGACGCUGCAAAAUUUGUCACUGAAAUACGGCGGCCUGAUGCUGUCAGAGAGAAAGAGAUUGGAAUAUGGCACAACAUCCUGAGUGGAAUAAGCAAGUUUGCUGUCAUUACAAAUGCAUUUGUGAUUUCCUUCACAUCUGAGUUUAUUCCUCGGAUGGUGUAUCAGUAUCUGUACAGUGAAACAGGCACCAUGCACGGCUUCACAGACCACACACUGGCAUACUUCAAUACCAGCAACUUCAAACCUGGAACAGCACCCAACAGCACACGCUUCGACAGGGAACUCCGUAUCUGCAGGUAUAAAGACUAUCGGGAUCCCCCUUGGUCUCCUGAGUCAUAUCAGCUCUCUAAGCAGUACUGGUCUGUGUUAGCUGCCAGACUGGCCUUUGUGAUAUUUUUCCAGAACCUGGCAAUGUUCCUCAGUAUGCUGGUGGCGUGGCUCAUUCCAAACGUACCACGCUCUCUGAAGGAGCGGAUGAAACACGACAAAGCCCUGCUGAUGGAUCUCCUCCUCAGUGAAGAGGCAGAAAAGCAGCGUCGGCAAUCUCAGCGCCCUGCCAACAUCAACAUCACCAUUAAUAGCCCAGACGAAGACGAGGGGAAUGAGGAGCCUGUGGUGCCAGAGUGCAGUCGAAUGCUACAGAGCCAGUCAUUUGAGGACCUGGAUGAACUGCAGGAUGCAGAUGGGGAGACUAAACUUGAGCUGGUGGAGGAGGAGCCCGUGGCCACCACCAGUCAGACAGAAGCAGGCACACCCGCUGAAACCCCUGACAGCCCCACUUCAAAACCACACUUUACAUUAGACCCUUUAAGUCAAGCAAAUACAGAGGCAGCUCCGUGCUCUCAAGAGUUUGAUCUGGCCGGGCCUCCACCUCGAGAUCCAAGCUCCAGACCAAGAAGUCGCUGCCGAACCCUACCACCCAGAUACAGAGGGAAUGAACCAGGAGACAGCUCGAGCAAAGCCAGUCACUCCACGAGCUACGGACAACUCAGCCAGAAGGUCCCUCCAUCCCCCAGUGAGCUUUUACGGAGCGUCCCAAGAGUUCCUUCACAACCUUCUCAACCUUCUAAAAAAGAUCUCUCUGGCAGCCAGUCGUCUGUGUUAUCACGACCACCAUCCAGCACUGAGCUCUCAGGCAGCCAAUCGACAGCAUUGCCCCGCCCUCCAUCUAAACAAGAAAUCACAAGCAGCCAAGUGGCAGUGGCACGUUCACCAUCCAAGCCAGAGUUUACAAGCAGCCAACCGACGGUGCUGCCACGACCACCAUCGAAACAAGAGAUCACAAGCAGCCAAGCAGCAAUGGUGCGUUCACCAUCCAAGCCAGAGUUCUCAGGCAGCCAAUCAACAGCUCUGCCACGACCUCCCUCCAGACCAGAUCUAUCAGGUAGUCAUCAAUCAACAGCGCUACCCAGGCCCCCAUCCAAACCUGAGCUAAUGGGAAGCGCUGUGAAAGCACGUCCACUGCAGGAUUCUAGCACUAAAGCCAAGUCCCGCUGUCAGACUCUUCCCCCCAGGCAAAGAGGACCUGAUGCUGCGGAAAGCUCUCCAAGAGCCAGCCACUCCACCAGCUUCACACAUCUCAGCCAGAAGGUCCCGCCCUCGCCCAGCGAGCUGACGCGCAAUUCCCCUGUGUAAGCGUGAUUGGACAAGGCAGAGUUCUGCUAAACUUCUCCAGCAGCUCUCAACCAAUCACCUCUUUCAGUGCCAGGCAACCCAGGCAGUCACUUAUUCAUCACCGACUUACCUGAAGGCCCACUCAGGCCAGGAUCAUCUGUAACUGUUUGUUCGUCUGUUGAGGUCGUCUGUUGAGGUCUGUUCCAUCAUGUUUGUGGUUAGAUGAUGGUCGAUUUAUUUUUUUUUGGUUGCCAAGUAAUUUUGGGCACUGUACUGUAAGUUGUGACGUGGUGUUGGGACGCACCCUUCAUACUCUCCCCUCUUGUGUGCCAAGAGGUGCACUCUAAGGGUUUUUUCUGUGUUUCACCAGAGCUAAAUCAUUGGAAUUAAUGAAAAGUCAACACAUUCCAAUACUAAUAUGUUUACUCUACAAAAGUGAACACAUUCCAAGACUCUUUUGUCUCCUUCUGAAUGUGGGGAGAUGAGAAACACAAGAAAAGAGAAAUCCCUCGGCCAUCUGAGCCAAAGGGUUGUGUGGCCUGUACGCAUGCCGUAAUUCAGCAGGGGGCAUGUCCAUUAUUUGAUAUUGUUGUUCAUGGACAAGUGUGAGUUGCCUGUAUAUGGGGUAUGUCAUCCACAGUGUAAAACCUGAUAAUAAGCUGCUCAAGCCAUAUAGAUGUUGUGGAAUUGUGAAAAUCCAUGCCUCUUUUUUUUGGCCACCAAUUGCCUUGUCUCAGCUGAGUUGUCCUUAAUGAGUAUGUAAUGUGUAAUGUGUCCAGUGUAACUUGAGCUGACAAAUAAUGUUCUUUUUUUUAGUCAUGGUGUAAUUGUGCACUUAUUAUUUCAAGUUACAGUCAAGGCAGUUGGUUGGCCUAAAAUAGCUGUUAACAAAUAAAUUAAAGAGGUCAGUAUGGGAUUAAGGGAAGGAAUUGCUCGAUUUUAGAGUUAACGUUUCAUGCAUAGAUUUGUCAUAUUGCAUUUGUAUUGUACAUAAACAGAUUGAACAGGCUUAUUGUUGGGUUCUACAGUGGUAUGCCACUUUACCAUCAUUGAAACAAACUGGCUGUAAGCUAAACUGAUAUCAGCCAUAUCAGCCACUGACCAGCCAUAACUUCAAAACAACAGAAGGUGAAGUAAUUACAUGGGUUGUAUGGUAACAAAGGCAUCCUGAAAGAGAUGUGUUAGAAGCCAGAAAAAAUGGGCAAGCUUAAUAACCUGAGAUACUUUGGUUAAAUGGAUUUGCAGGCAAAAUGGAUUUGCUUCUCAAAUCAUAUCUGUUGAAUUAAUCUUUGCACUCUGCUUGGACCCUCACACUUCCAUCACUCUGGAUUUGAUGAAGUCAUUGUUUUUGAGUUCAAACCUGAUUUGAGCAUUAAAAGACUGAUUGAGACACAUCUGACCAAAUCAAAUUGUUAUUGCAUUUCAAACCGCAUCCAAAUGCGGUUUGCAUGCAACUGGAAAAAAAAAACAAUUUUAUGUGGUUUCAACCUGGCUACAGUCUAAUCAGUACUUAUAGGACUUAAGAAUCUGCUAAUAACCUUUUUGUUCCAGAUACCACAGGACACCUUCAUAGGUCUUGUAGGUCUUGUGGAGUUUAGAGGCACAGAAGGUAACUACACAAAGUUGUUUCAAUGUUGUGGCUGAUCAGUGUAUCUACUCAGAGUGUUUCACUUAAUAUUGAAAGAAUAAUGCAUAAACAUUUACUAGAAGAUAUUACAAGCCAUUUCUGAACAGCAACGGCAGCUUGAUGAAAACACCAAGACAGGGAGCAUAUUUUAACUUAUUUAUUGUACAAUAAUUACUUCUCUAGCUAGCAGGUCCCCAUUACCCACAGAACUUCAAGUGCACCUAAACUGAACUAUUUUUAUGUUGACAAAAUGAAGAUUUUGCUGUUGUGAUAAAACAUAGCCAAUGUAUUUCAAAUAUACAGUAUUUUAGAGCGUUUAGUACAGGGUAUUACAAAAUAUGUCAAAUUAUCACUGUGCAGUCUGUCAAUCCUUGUCUUCACAAAGUGAACUGUUAUGUAACCAUUUCAGAACAUACAGUGAACUUGUUCAGGUAGAGGAGCACAAUGCCUCCUCCUCCAUUUGAAGAGAGCACACAGUGUGAAUGUAGACUUGCUCGUUGCUGAGUGGCGAUGCAUGUAUGAUAUGCAUGGUGCUUUAGCCUGGGUUAACUAAGCACAAAUAUGAGCCAGCAUUUAUGACGUAGACCAGUUCCAUGUUACUUCUAGAGAAGUUCAACAAUAUUUUGAUAAUAUAAAGGGGAAAAAAUGACAUUGUUACUGUUCAUAAUAAAAAUCUGAAUGAAUUA